CACCUGUCAAGCUGCGCAUAGUCUUGUGGCACAUGCAUGAGAACCUCACUGUUACUGGGGGACCCAGAUCCUCUCACAAUGUUCGUCGUCAGGUAUCUCACGAUCUAUUCGCUGACAUUGGUUCUGCUUUGUCUAUCAAGAGGAAUUAUUUCAACUGCUAUCGAUCCAUACUCGCAAAAGCCUGAGCAGGGUAGGCUUGAGGGCACUUGCGAAGACCGGCACAGCGGGCUCAUCGUUCCUGAAUUUGGUCUCAUUUUCAGGUUCAUCUUCACGCGGCUUGCUCGUCUUCCCCACAAGGAACACGUCCUCGUCAGUAGAGACUAUGCCUGGUGGACCGCUUCUCGUUGUAACGCUGCUGCUGCUUACCGCUGGCACACAUUCUGCGACAGCGGGAGAAAUACACAAGUGUGACGAGA